AUGUGUGUGCAUGGGUGUGGAGGACUCCCACUCUUCCUCUAUUUUCUGCUGCUUUAUUCUACCCUUAUUUGUCCGACUAUUUGCCAAUAUGCUGCUCUCCCUUCCGUGAAUCCAUCUGAAAAGGCGCCUGGUAGGAGGUCAGCGCGAGCGGAACCAAAGCGGUUGACUUUGUGGGGCUUGGCCGGGGUAGACCAGGCCGCAUGGUGUGAAUUGCGAGACGAGCAGUUGAAGCGAGUGGGCAAAUAA